AUGCUCCCUGGAACUAAACAACCCAUUGUUGUACCAUCCGACUAUAGUCCACCGGACAUUGGGUUUGUUGAUGUGUGUCUAUCUUCCCACUUGAUGGAAAAAUUCGGACGUCUGGAUAAUCUUUCGGCCAAAAGAAUCCAGGAUCUCAAUCAAUAUCUCCUCAGCAUAAACAUUCUGAAAAUGUGGAAUUCAUGCAACGGUCUCCCAGUUGAUACUAAUUCCGAAUUGAGCCUUGAUGCCACUCCACGAAACCACAGUUUCCUAAACAUGGUGAUCCAGACCGGACAAGGCAAGAAGUCGCAAUAUUUGGCGAUCCAGAAGUAUUUCAAUGAAAAGUACAAAAUUCGUAUCAAUUACCCCCAUUCCCCUCUUUUGCGUGAUCGUGGAGGACGCAUGUACCCAAUUGAAACUAUCUGGUUCCGACUUUUCCUGUAUUAA